AUGAGUUUGUUUGAUAAAGUUUUUCGGAGAACAGUUGCAUGUGAUUUCUUUACCAAAGGAUGGGGACGUCCGGAUCUCCUUUUACAACUUAUUGAUAACAUGACUCUUGUGAGAAAAGAUCCUGACUACAUGCGCUAUAACUUGACGUACCGCCCUAUUAUGAUUGAGAAGAGGAUUGAAUACAAGAAGUUAAUAGAACUUGAGGGUUCCUUUGUAUCUCCUAUGGAGGAUCUUAUUCCCGAUGCAAUGUGUACUAGGAACCGCAUUUCACGAUUUCAAAUGAUCAUACCAAAAAAAUGGAAGUCGGAUCACCGUCCUGUGUGCCUUCAUUUUGCUGGUACUGGGGACCACUUCUAUUAUAGGCGUCGUGUCUUUCUGGCAAAUCAGUUAAUUGAUGAUGGUAUUGCUUCAGUCAUAAUUAUGAACCCAUUCUAUGGAACAAGGUUACCGGUGGAUCAAAAGUACAAGGGUCUAUUUUUUACAGGGUCCGGUCUGAACUACUUAUCCGACCUUUUCGUAAUGGGAGGAGCACUAAUCUUGGAAUGUCACACAAUUCUUCGAUGGUGCCAAAACCAGGGCUACGGACCUUUUGCGCUGCACGGUAUUUCGAUGGGUGGCUAUGUGGGUCUAAUUUUGUAUUCUUUUCGACUUUGCUUCAUAUUACACCUUUUACGUCCUUUCCUUUACUGCUGUAGAUGGCAACUAUUUGUGCAACAACGGUUCCCUUUCCUAUCUCCCUCAUUCCAUGCCUUUCUUGGACCUCCGCAUCAGUUGUGUUCGUUGAGGUUGGUCCUUAGUUUGUUUUGCGUAAUUUGGUUUGCUUCAUUUCUAGUUUCUGAAUCAUCCGUAAGUCUAGUUUCUCCCAUGUUUAUUAUGACACGAGUGUGGCAUGUGCUAACUUUUAUGUUGCGACGAGCAAUUGCUUUGCAGCAACAAUGCGUCAAAGCCUCUGUCGACAGAUUUCGGUUCAGCGUGCCCAUCUAG